AUGGCCGCUCCUACUACUGAGCAGCGGGAACUGCAGUUAGUGGAGAGCGUCGAGUUCAGAAUCUUGGGCGUUGCCAACAGAGAAGACAAGCUUCAUCCACUUCUUCAGCGAUACUUGGCACCGUUUAUCUUGAAGGCUGCGAGUGAGCAUGCCUCGGUUAGGGCCAGAGUGAUCCAGUUCCUUGCCCGACUAAAGACUUUCAUCCAGCCGCCCGAGAUCGUGCUGCCCGUCAAGGCGCUGCUUCAGCAGUACAAGUCUGUGGACUCGGUUGUGAUUAAGCAAUUGGACUUGUCUUUUAUCCUCCAUAGCAUAGACAGAUUAGAUCUUGAUGACAAAAGAGACCUCAUCCCCAUCGCUCUAGCAGGCUCUGCUCAGGAUGCUGGACAACCUAGAGCCGCUACCUUGUUUAAUAUCAUACUCAGACUACUCUUAGAUUUCCAGAUCCCACCUAGAGGCAGUACGGAUGAUGUCAAUCUCCGGAAUUUGAUCGGUCUCUCCGACGACGUUGAUGCCCAGUACCUGGCCACAGCCCUUGGCAUCUUCUUGCGCUUGCGAGCUCCGGCGGCUUACCCGUCCCAGGCUCAGGCGAAUCCAGCACUCUCGCAAACCGAGCUGCGUCUGUUUCCCGGCGACUCUCCUGAAACCGACAAGAUUUAUUCCCGUAUUACAGAGCUCAAGUUCAAAGCCAUCACGUUGCUGGCAAGCGGGGCCUUCAAGGACGAAGAACGGUUCCUCCCGGCGCUUUUUGCGGCCUCGGCAUCCGACAUUAGGGUGGCUUCUACGGCAGAGGAGAUUAUCAAGCGAAGCACCGUCUCUCUGGAAGAUGAGAGCCUCAUCCAACGCUUGUUCUUGGCUCACUCUCAGCUACCGGCGCCUUAUCGUGCUCGCAUUUUGUCAGUAUUAUCCAAGUCAACUGUGGCUACAACCAUGUCAGACAGUAUCAUGGCCGCUGUUGAUCUCGAUUUCUUGCCACGAAGCUCUGAAGACACAUCUUCCAUGCGCCCAGCGAGAACUUUGGAGCAAACGAAGCUUUACAGAGCACUUUUUCAGUUCCUGUCCUGGGUGGCGCAGGUCGGCCCAUCAAGCUCGGAUUUUACCAUCGGCGCUUCGCUCAUCACCAAGAUGCAGAACUACAUCGUCACAGCCCAAGGCUGGCCUCAUUCAGUCGAUAUUUCGAAUGAUGAAGUUGCCUUGCGUUCCAAGGCGUACGAAACCAUUGGUAUCAUGGCUCGAAGAGCUGACAUGCCCCCGAACGAACGUUUUGAGCUGGCCGCCUGGCUAUUUCGCUCGCUGUCAGAAGACAAUACCGUCGACGCCAUUGUCAGCAUUGAUGGCGCACUUUCGAGUCUCAAGUCUGCCAUCCCUAACAGUAUUGGUGGGACCAGUACUAAUCUGAAGACCAUGCUUCUUGCUCAGAUGUCACGAUCCGGCAGCGACUCUCCAAGCUAUCGGAGCACCCGACAUGCUGUUGUCAAGUGGGCGAAUGAUUGUCUGCCAUUCCACGAUGCCAUUGGCCGUUGGAUCGACGUAUUGGCUGUUGCCUGGAAAGACUAUGAGCGGAAUGACGUGGUUGAGCAAGGUGAAAGGGGUCUUGACCCUUGGACUUAUUUUGCCCACGCAGAUGCCGUGCCCCAGUUACCCGACUGGAAAGACAUGAUGACUACAUUUUUCGAUUCCGAAAUACAACCAGGAAUACCAAUACAACAGGAGGACGGAGGCACUGGACAUGGUGUGGUGAUUCCAGAUAAGCUUGUUUUCCGAAACUUUCGAGGCCAGUACCUACCUGCGUUUCCAGUGGCCCUCCGAUAUAUAAAGCAAAUGAUGCUUCUUACUGCUAUUGAUGAUUUGGACAUGAAACCAGAUUGGAUGCAGAUUCUGGAGGCCAAGAUAACGACAAAUGUGGAAACAAGAGACAAGAUUCGGCUACAUCUGCGGUCUAUUGACAGCGCGUACAUCGUUUCUUACCUCAAAGCUUGCUUAAGUGGUGCCUUCCUCGGAGCAAAACCCGCUUUUGUUGAAGAGUGCUUGCGGUGUUUUGUGCAGGUGGCUACGUGGAGUCCGGGUGGUCCGCUGAGCUAUUUUACAGAUGCUACUGCUGAACUCCUGCCGCUCCUCCAGUCAAACAAUAAGGACAUCCGAUUAUUAGCUGCUAAAUCGUGUGGAAUCCUUGCUGGGCACCCAGCCAACUCUGCAGCCGAAGUGGGAAACUGGAUUAAGAUCCUCGAGUCACGAUUCGUCAAUGCCCAGUGUCUGGUAGGCGACGGGGCAGAUUCUGCCGAAGGCGCCUUGCUAGCAUUUGGUCAUAUUAUAUCUCGAUCGGUGUACUAUGACCGAGAAUUCCCCAGUCAGAUCACGUUUCCCUUUCAAUUUCUGCUGAAUGAAGGUGUCCCGGCUUCUCUGUACAACACGGCAUUGGUAGCUUUCUCUCAGCUGUGGGCAGCCAAAAUGGCAAUACCGCCUGAAGAGGGGAUUUAUUCACUGGCCAGUAUCGUCGAUAAACUGUCAUCUGAUGCUAAAAAGGCCAACGAGGCCGCAAUAAGCGCCUUGGGGAGCCUUGCUAUAGGCCUUGAGGAAACCAUGCCCAUUGACCAAACUGAGGAGCAGUUGCCCGGCGUGCUCGGAAACAUUCUCAGAGCUUUAUUUUCUCUGCACGAAAUCAAGCGCGUCGAGGUUCAGUUCACCGUGGGGGAAGCCAUCAUCGCUACUAUUGCAAGAUGGGAGUCGAACAGCGUCAGGCUCAGAAUGGACGUCGAAGCUCGAAGUACGAUGAUUCUCACAGGGGCACGAGGCCCUCUGGCGGAACAGGUUCUGGGAGGGCUUUUGCGAGACUGCAAAACAACGAAACCUUCUCUGUUAAAGGCGUCUGGCAUAUGGCUGUUUUGCAUCGUACAAUUUGGUUCUCAUCUCCCACAGGUACAGUCUCGGUUGCGGGAGGUCCAAGCAGCUUUCAUGCGCUUGCUGAGUGCAAGAGAUGAGCUCGUCCAGGAGACGGCCUCUCGUGGCUUGACAUUGGUCUACGAGCGAGGAGAUGCUGACCUAAGAAGCUCCUUAGUCAAGGAUCUCGUGUCAGCCUUCACUGGCAGCGGGACGCAGCUCAAGGUUGACAAGGAAACGCAAUUGUUUGAGCCAGGUGCUUUGCCCACGGGAGAAGGCAAUUCGGUCACCUCAUACAAGGACAUUGUGAACUUGGCCAACGAAGUGGGAGACCAACGCUUGGUAUACAAGUUCAUGUCUCUCGCUGCCAAUGCCGCCACCUGGUCUACCAGGUCUGCAUUUGGUCGCUUUGGACUCAGCAAUAUUCUUUCCGAUUCGGAAAUUGAUCCCAAGCUGUAUCCCAAGCUGUACAGAUACCGAUUUGAUCCAAAUCGAAACGUUCAACGUUCCAUGGACGAUAUCUGGAAAGCGCUGGUCAAGGAUCCCAACGCGACAAUUGAAGCUCGUUUUGACGACAUUAUCCAGGAUCUCCUGCAGAGUAUCUUGGGGAAAGAGUGGCGAGUUAGGGAGGCCAGCUGCGCAGCUCUUUCAGAGUUGAUACAAGGCAGACCGUUCUCGAGGUUCGAGAAGUACUAUCAACUAAUCUGGACCAAUGCCCUGAAGGUCUUGGACGAUGUCAAGGGUAGCGUACGAGAGGCGGCCGAGAAAUUGUGCAAGGCCCUCGCGAACCAGCUUGUCCGGCAGCUAGAAGAGGACAACCAUGCUUCUGCCGCCAGAGCCAUGAUGCAAGAAGCACUCCCAUUCUUACUCUCUGAGAAGGGGGUGGAAAGCACAGUACGAGAUGUCAAAGUAUUUUCAACUUUGACGGUCGUCAAAGUUGCCAAACACGGUGGCAAGGCUCUCAAACCUUUCAUCCCGAAUAUGGUUCCGCAGCUCCUAGGUCUGUUGAGCACAAUCGAACCCGAACAGAUCAACUAUGCGUAUCAGCUUGUAGGAGAGGCAAGCCGAGAUGAGAUUGACAGAUUUCGAUCCCGAGAGGUGAGUCGAUCCCCGGUUUCCGAGGCGAUUGAGAAUUGCCUUCGCUUCGUCGAUAAAGAGGUAAUGGUGGAAUUCGCUCCCAAAUUCGAGUCCACAAUCAAAACUGCCAUCGGAAUGCCUACGAAGAUAGGAUGCAGCAGGGUAAUCACAACCCUCGCUACACGACACAGCGAGGAUAUCCAGCCAGUGGCCGGGAAACUAUUGCAGAUCCUAGAAAAGCAAACACUGGACAAGAACGACGAAGUCAGCCAGGCGUAUGCCAAAGCAGCAGCCUAUAUGAUCCGGGCGGCUCCUGACACGGCCAGGGUGCGCUUCUUCGACAAGUUCAUCAGUCUGUAUUUUCAAGCGGAAGACGAGAACCGCCGGCAGAAAAUUGCGAAUGUGGUGGUGGCAGUGGCCAAGGUUUCGCCAGAUCACUUUACGGCUCAGGAAACUUUGCUCUUGCCGUUUGCCUAUCUGGGAAGCCAUGAUACUGAUGAGUACACUUCAAAAGCCUUUCGAGAAGCAUGGGAUCAGCACGCGGCCAGUAGUCGCACCGUGAAGAGAUAUGUCCAGGAAAUUGCCGAGUUGGUUCAACGCUGCCUGGGGGCUGCACAAUGGGAUCUCCGACACACCGGUGCAUUCACAAUAGCUGCUAUGGCAGCAGAUUUUUGCGAUGCGAGCGAUGCGAGCGGGGUCAUUGACGAGAAGAAUCUCAGGGUCAUUUGGUCAGAGCUUGACAGAGCGUUGGCGCUGAAAACAUUUCCUGGGAAGCAGAACCUGCUUGCUACCUACCCCAAAUUUGUAGAGAGAGCAGAGCUUCUUUGGAGAAACGACGAGGCAGUUGCUUCGCAAAUGGUCAAGAUUGCCUUGAGAGAGGCCAAGCGCAAUAACGAAGUAUAUCGACCGCAUGCAUUCACAUGCUUGUGGAAAUUUGCCAAAGCUCGUCCCGACGUUGAUAUACUAAAGGAUAUCGCCGACAUUACCAGACCGUACCUGGACGAGUACCAAGAAGAGGGCAAGAUGGACGUCGACGCCAAGGAGGAUGGUUCACGAGACCUUGACUCGAGGACGGCUCAGAAUGCUUUUGAAGCCAUUGCCCGAGGCUACAGCCGCUCGGAUGCCGCCGAUAUCAGAAUGUCGCUUGAAGAGAUUGUUGUUCUGCUCGAGCCGUACCUGAACAAUGCCAGAUUCGGCUUGAUCAAGCGAGAAACAUGGUACGACUGUGUGCAGGAUCUGAUGAAGGACUCCACCAAAUACAUCAAGCCUACGGAUCGGCAACCAGCUUCAUACCGUGGCUCAGAAGCAUUGUCCUCAUACGUGAAGAGCUUGGAUAUUGAUAAGAGCGACACUGGGACAGAACAGCAGCGUCUCAAGAGAGCACAAGCUUUGUCCGCAAUUCUAAGCGGGAAAAACCAAGGCGUGUUUGGAAAGGUGAGUUUGCCGGCAACCUUGGCAGCGGAGGUGAGCGGAGCUCUCGGAGAAGAGAGGGCUACGGAUGUGCAGAAGGCAUGGAAGAAGGUGCGGGAGGAGAUGCAGCAUUCUCCGUGUUGA